GCUGAUACUGCUGACUGGUGAGUCGAAAAGAUUCUAGGAAUUUGAUUCUUGUUUUUUUUAAUGAAUAGUUGAAAUCAAUAAUAACUUUUUCUCUAGAUUCUUCCAAUGAUUCGACGAAUAGAAAAAUAGAUUUUUCAUAUAUUUUGAAAUUCUCACUGGCAUGUGAUCUGUCCGAUGACCGGCCCUCAUUUUCUGAUGUUCUUGAUCCUGAGAAGUAUUAAAACCCUCUCAGAGGGUUUUAAUCACCGUUUUAAUCGAGCUUUUAAUUAUGGUUUUAACCACCAUCGGUUCGACACAGUUUCGAGCACGGCUUUGACAAUGAUGAGUCCUGAUUUUGGAGUUCAUACUGAUGGCUAUUUCCAACCCCAGUCAUCUGGAAUCCUACCUGCACCAAGGGGCCACUCCAGAGAAAACCAGCAGGAUAGUGAAACUGAUACAUCAUUGGAGGACAAUGAAGAUACUUUGUCACAAGCGAAGGAACUGAACCCAAAUAUAUUUCAUGACAAAAAAUCACUUCAUCUGCAACUUGGAGAACGGGCAGUGAAUGUUAACAUUACCCAAACAGCAUUCUCUAAUUUACUCCAUAUCUUGAAACCUCUACAUCCAGAACUCCCUUCGGAUGCUAGAACACCAUUGAAUACUCCUAGAGAGGUGCCACUGAAAGUUGUAGAACCAGAAGUGUAUCAUCACUUUGGUUUCAACAAUUGCAUUGAAAGGUUAAUGGACUCUGCUCAACCUCAAAUCGAAAUAUCAGAUACAAUAUUGAGUAUUGAUGGAUUGCCUUUGUCUAAGAGUUUAGGUACCUAG